AAAAUCUGGGUUCCACAGUAUUCACUUAACUUUUGUUUGUUUAUUUAUUUAAUAUUUUUUUUUCUUUUUUGUAGAACUACAAAGAAAUGGAAGACAAAGUUAGCGCCAUUUUCGGCUCAUUUGAAGGAGAACUGAAAGGCAAAUAUCACCCUCUUACUGGUAUGGACAAAGCAACUCAACAACAAUUAAUCGAUGAUCACUUCCUUUUCAAGGAGGGUGACAGGUUCUUGCAACAUGCCAAUGCUUGCAGAUACUGGCCAACUGGUCGUGGCAUCUACCAUAAUGAUGCCAAGACUUUCUUGGUCUGGUGCAAUGAAGAAGAUCAUCUCCGCAUCAUUUCAAUGCAGAAGGGUGGUGACUUAAAGACCAUCUUCCAGCGAUUGGUCAAUGUAAGUUAUUGGUUCGAUAAAAUCAAAAGUAGUUUAGCUUAGUGGAAAGCAAGUAAC